AUGAGCGAAGUAACGCGCAACAUCCCCUACGUACGCCUUGGGAAGUCGGGGCUGAAGGUGUCAAAGAUCAUCCUCGGCUGCAUGUCCUAUGGCACCCCCGAGUGGCAAGGAUGGGUGCUCGAGGAGGAGGAGUCGCUCAAGCACAUCAAGUACGCGUACGACCAUGGCAUCAACGCCUUCGAUACGGCCAAUGUCUACUCUGAGGGUCUCAGCGAGGAGAUCCUUGGAAAGGCGAUCAAGCAGUUCAAUAUGAACCGCGAUGAGAUUGUCGUGAUGACCAAGGUAUACUUCACAGUAUCGCGGAAGAACGGCGAGAACUACUACCGGAAGACUCCGCUCGAAUCGGACCAGUCGGGCUAUGUGAACCAACACGGGCUUUCGCGCAAGCAUAUCUUCGAGAGCGUAGACCAUUCGCUCAAGCGGCUCGGACUUGACUACAUCGAUCUGCUGCAGUGCCAUCGUUUCGAUGACGAGACACCGAUAGAGGAGACCAUGCAGGCCCUACACGACAUCGUCAAGAGCGGCAAAGUGCGGUACAUCGGCAUGAGCAGUUGCUAUGCGUGGCAAUUCCACGCUAUGCAGAACUACGCGAUCAACAACAACCUGACGCCGUUCAUCAGCAUGCAGAACCAUCUGAACCUCGUCUAUCGGGAGGAAGAGCGCGAGAUGAUGCCCACCCUCAAGCAUUUCGGAGUGGCAUGCAUACCUUGGUCUCCGCUCGCUCGCGGGGUCGUCACUCGUCCGCUCUCAGAAGAGACCACGCGCAAGAAGACGGACAACUGGCAGCCGUACGACUCUCCCGCGACUGAUGCUGUCGUCAAUCGAGUAGAGGAAGUUGCAAAGCGCUUGGGAUUGAGCAUGGCGCAGGUUUCGCUUGCGUGGGUCAUGGCGAAGAGCGACGCGCCGAUUGUAGGCACGACGAGCUUGAAGAACUUGGAUGACCUCAUCGGGGCUGUGAACGUGAAGCUUAGCGAGGAAGACAUCAAAGCUCUCGAGGAGCCCUAUGUGUCGCGUGCAGUGCUGGGGCACUUCUAG